GGAAUGAAAAUGCUAUUAACCAUUCAGAGCUUAUAGUUACCACGUCCUUUCCCAGUGACCACCUGGAGGUUGAUUACCAGAUUAACACUGUGAUUAAGAUCUUAUCGUUAUCGGGAGGAAGAGGCGCUUCCUUCUCUGGCUACAUUCUAAGUUCUAAGUCUUGAGCGGUGCUAAGAACUCUCUCAAUCGAAGAUGAUUUCCAAGUUAGUGCCUCUCGGCCUAGUCGUGGCCUCCUUGUUUAUGGGAUGCUCGACGAAUAACGCCACCGACUUAGACUACGAGGACGGGUCUAUGUUCGACGAUGAGGGGCGUCUCUUCGUCAUUCCCGUCGGCGCCACUGGAACCCCGACGGGCCUCGGUCUGUUCAAUUUCACGACCUUGGCAGCCUUGCUCUCGGUGCUGGCCUCCGGACUCCUCACUCUCUUAGGUCUAGCUGCUCUUGGGAUCCUCAUAGGGUCUAUCUUUUGGGGCUAUGGAACUGGAUACGGUUCCGGCUACGGAGGCUCCGGAUAUGGUGGUACAGGAGGAGGCUAUGGCGGAGGGCAAUCCUCCUACUCUAGUUACAGACGAUCCUUCGACCCCUACGCCAUUGACUGGGAAAAGUUCUCCAUCCUCGACUGGAUCGCCAUCGGAGAGGAGACCUGGAGGAAAUUCGACCCAGCUGACCUCGAGUGCCAGAAGCGACUCAUCUGUGAAAUCCACCAGAACACCUCACGGUUCGGAACCACCGCUGCUCGCCUGGUCGAUCUCUUCAGCUACCUCCAGUACGCCGAGGUCCUGUCGCUUCCGGACGAGAUAAAGGCUCUAAUCGAGGAAUACAACGACGCGGCAGAUCGGGGUCGCACCUUGCAAAAAGACUGCGGCGAGAUAUACAGCACCUGCGACUUCUCGGUCAAGACCAUCAUAGACAAGUAUUCGCAUAACGAGAUCUAGUUUCAGCCUCCGGAGAUGUCACGGGUGGCGAGUGUCCUCGAGUUCUUGCUGGAGUCCCUCCAACACGAGCCGCGAAAAGUGGGAUAUUUUUGUCUCACGUUCUCUCACAGGGGUGGCGUCUGAGGCCCUCAAAGAACUGCAGCUCUGUUCAUAGCAACAACAGCAGCUAUCAGUUUCACCAAGAGCCCCAACCUCCAAGAAAGGACUCCAACUGCCACCACCCCAGUCGCCCGGUGACGAUGCCCCUAUGUUCGUUCGACCGCUAGAUUGUGUCUUUAAGAUAAAUGCUCUGUUGUUGUAUUUUGUAUUUAAUUUUUUUUGUUAUUUUGUAUUUAAUAUAAUUUAUUGACUGUGAUGACUGGCCAAACUGAGUGACUGAACCACCGCCAUAAGACUCACGACUCACCCCUGAAAUCUACGACUCGGUGACUACAUCAUCAAUAUUAUUAUGACCGGUUCUUUGUUAUUCUUUGUAAAUAUGACCUUCUUGCCUUUCACAUAAAUAACCUCAUUGACAACGACUUUGACUCUGCAUGACACCUUUCCACCAACAGCCUCACUGGCCCCUAACUCCACACCCCCCCUAGACCUCUUAGACGCCGUGUCCCUGACACUCAAAGACAAGACCCCCUUCAGAAUUUAGCGUCCCUGACAUUCCAUGAUGGGGAAAUAUGAAAGAUAACAAACGACAUUUGAACUUGGACGAACGACGAAAGCCAGACAUUUACAGCUAACACCAAAAUUACUCGACGCUUGACCUCAAUGUCAUCCAAGUGCAUAUCUUGCCUUUAGGCUGACUUUCGACGUGAUUUUAUGAUAAUCCCAUAAUGACGAAUAACCUGCAGACUUCCAGCAAAAUAAUUGAUGCUGUUUUGACAAAUCUGACUCAUAGCAGACACACUAGACUUAAUACCAGUUGGAACCAGAUUGAGACACGUGACUACAAGCAUCUUGUGGACUGACUAGGCCUCCUCUUAUGUAUAUGUUUAUACGUGUGUAUCCAUAGUGACUGUAUAGGUUUGUACAGACAGAGAUUUAUAGAGUACCUAUUUUUAUCAAUAAUGAUUCUGUUUUUCUUUUGACGUGUGAAACCCUCGUGACGUAAAAUAAUUCAGGACUCGCUCAUUUCCUGUACAAGGGAAAUGCAUUCUGGGGACAACUGCAGGUUUAUGGACCUGCAGAAAUCCAUCUUAUUUUUUUUCUUAAAUCUUCCUUGGCCUCUUUCAAGACAUUGUAGACGGACAUCUUAACAGACAUAUUUUAAUGCAUUUACACCUACAAUGCAGUGGUACACUUGUACUAUAUACACGUACGGUACACAGUACUCCCCUGCCAGUAUUUGUAAAAUCUUUUCUCGUGAAUUUGUUCAAUUUUUUGUGUCUUUCUAACAAUCACGUAUAUGUAAACAUUUUUGUGUUUCUGUAUCAUCAUACAUACUAGGUAUUUAUGUUCUUGUACAAAAAAGAUAGAUUUAUAUUCUUGUCGUUUUUAUAUUUCCAGAAAAUGGUGUCUGAAGGCUAAUUAAAUUAUUUUCAAAAGAU